GUGUCACAUGCGCACACUGGUUAAGGGAGUGCAAACAGGAAAUGCAGUGGCUGCUCCUAUCAUUGUAAAAGAAAAAUAAGAUUUUGUCUGCGAGAUGCAUUGGGAAGAAAAGUAAUACGCAAAAUCUAACAGAAAACCUAUUAUCAUGGUUUUACAAAUGAUGCGUUUUAAGCGACACGUUACUUACUAAAGUUUUUUUCGGAACAGGCAGAGUAGCAGCUUGCAGAAGAAAGUGGUUAAGAUGUUUUGUCUCAGAACAAAGGUAGAACAAGUGAAACGGAGGCUCAAAGUGGAUCACCUAAGAGAAGUCUGGCGCCAGUAUCCAGUUUUCUGUUUUAUUUUAUUAUUUCUUAUGCUGUCUACAGUUCUUCUGAACAGGUAUCUUCAUAUUUUAAUGAUAUUUUGGUCGUUUGUGGCAGGAGUGGUCACAUUUUACUGUUCCUUAGGACCAGAGUAUCUUUUGCCAAAUAUUCUUUUCACAAUUAAACCAAGACCCAAGUUAGAACAGCAAGAAUUGUUUCCUCUGGGGCAUAGCUGUGCAGUGUGUGGGAAAAUAAAAUGCAGACGUCACAAGCCAACGUUAUUGUUGGAAAACUAUCAACCUUGGCUAGGUCUGAAGGUUUAUUCAAAAGUGGAUACAUCACUUUCAGAAGUACUGGAAUUAGUCUUGGAAAACUUUGUUUACCCUUGGUACAGGGAUAUUACAGAUCAUGAAGCCUUUGUAGAUGAACUAAGGGCAACAAUCCGUUUUUUUGCAUCUGUUUUAGCUCGCAGAGCACAAAAAGUUGAUAUCCCAACACUUAUAACACACAAGCUGCUGAAAGUAGCAAUGAAACACAUUGAAAUAAUUGCCAAAGCAAGACAAAGAGCAAAAAACACAGAAUGCCUGCAGCAAGCUGCUUUAGAGGAGUAUGGUCCUGAUUUGCACAUAGCAGUACGAAGCCGAAGAGAUGAACUUCAAUACUUAAGAAAAUUAACAGAGCUAUUAUUUCCCUAUAUUCUUCCUCCAAAAGCAUUAGAUUGCAGGUCACUCACCUUGCUUAUUAGGGAAGUCCUUGCAGGCUCAGUUUUUCUACCAUCAAUGGACUUUUUGGCUGAUCCAGAUACUGUUAAUCAUUUGAUCUUAAUCUUCAUUGAUGAUAGUCCCCCUGAAAUGGCGACCGAGCCACCUUCAGCUUUUGUUCCAUUCUUGCAGAAAUAUGCAGAAUCAAGAAAUAAGAAAACAUCUGUGUUAAAGCUGGAACUGAAAGAGAUCCGAGAACAACAGGAUCUUCUGUUUCGCUUCAUGAAUUUUCUAAAACAAGAGGGAGCAGUGCAUGUUCUUCAGUUUUGUCUUACAGUUGAGGAAUUCAAUGACAAGAUUUUGUGUCCUGAGCUGACAGAUUCAGAAAUGAUGAAUCUUCAUGAGGAGGUGAAAAAAAUAUAUACAACAUACUGUCUGGAUGAGAGCAUUGACAAAAUUCGUUUUGAUCCUUUCAUUGUGGAAGAAAUAAGAAAUAUUGCGGAAGGGCCCUACUGCAGUGUUGUAAAACUUCAGACUAUGCGUUGUUUAUUUGAAGCUUAUGAACAUGUUCUAUCCCUGCUUGAAAAUGUAUUCACACCAAUGUUUUGCCACAGUGAUGAGUAUUUUCGACAUCUUUUGAGAGGAGCAGAAUCCCCUGCACGUAACUCAAGACUUAGCAGAAAUAGCCUGAGUUUGGAUGAUAUCCGGAGUACUACUAAACGUGGAGAAUCUUUUGGCAUAAGCAGAAUUGGUAAUAAAAUUAAGGGUGUCUUUAAAAGUACAACUCUAGAAGGAGCCAUGCUUCCAUCCUAUGGUCUAUCAGAAGGGGAUGAUGACUUGGUUGAAGAAGCAAUAAUGGUGCUUGAAGAUGACUCACCUGUAGAGGCUAUAAGCACCCCUAGCACUCCUCGUAACCUUUGUGCUUGGAAGAUAACCAUUCCAUAUGUGGACUUUGAUGACAUCAAGAAAGAAAGAAUUCCAGUGUUUUGCAUUGAUGUAGAGAGAAAUGACAGGAAAGCAGGCCAUGAAACUGAACACUGCUCUGUAUACAGAAGAUACCUUGAGUUCUAUGUUCUGGAGUCCAAACUGACUGAAUUUCAUGGCUCAUUUCCAGAUGCUCAAUUACCCUCAAAAAGAAUUAUAGGACCCAAAAACUAUGAAUUUUUAAUGUCUAAAAGAGAAGAGUUUCAGGAAUACCUGCAGAAACUUCUCCAGCAUCCAGAGCUAAGCAGCAGCCAAUUACUUUCUGAUUUCCUAUCCCCUAACAGUGGCGAAUCGCAGUUUCAUGAUAAAAUGCUUCCAGAUGUGAAUUUAGGAAAGAUUAUAAAGUCUGUCCCCGGUAAACUUAUUAAAGAGAAAGGUCAACAUUUGGAACCUUUUAUAAUGUCCUUCUUCAAUUCUUGUGAGUCUCCAAAACCUAAACCAAGUAAACCGGAACUUACUAUACUUAGCCCUACAUCAGAAAACAACAAAAAGCUUUUCAAUGAUUUGUUCAAAAACAAUGCCAACCGAUCAGAGUAUACAGAGAAAAAACAUAAUCAAAACUACUUCAUGGAGGUGAUAACAGUGGAAGGAGUCUAUGAUUGUUUGAUGUAUGUUGCACGGGUUGUGUUCCAUGUACCGGACUGGUUACAUCAUCUGUUGAGUGGAGGAAGGAUUCUUUUCAAGAAUACUCUUGAGGCCUAUGCUGAUUAUUAUUUGAAAUACAAGUUAGAUCAGGUUCUUCAGGAGCACAGAGCUGUUUCAUUAAUAACACUUUUAAGAGAUGCAGUAUUUUGUGAAAACAGUGAGCCACGAUCUUUUGAAGAUAAACAAAAAAGAGCAAAAAUUACAUUUGAAGAAAUGAUGGGUUACAUUCCAGACUUCAUUGGAAAAUGUAUUGGUGAAGAAGCUAAAUAUGAAGGGAUUCGUCUGCUGUUUGAUGGACUCCAACAACCAGUUCUUAAUAAACAGCUUACGUAUGUUUUAUUAGAUAUCACAAUUCAAGAACUUUUCCCAGAACUUAAUAAGGCACAGAAGGAGAUUCACAGUGGUGCAUCAUGGAAGUAAAGAAGUACUGUCAAAGUGCUCUGAACACUACAGGCACAUCCAAAAAAACUUCAUUGUUACAAGUUUAAAUGAUUUAAUGUACAGAAUAUCAAAACUUGCAAUUGUAAGAAAAAAUGUACUUGACUGCAUUAAUAAAGAUUAUUUAUUGAUUUGCAG